AUGAAUAUUCUUCAGGUUAGAGCCGAAAUCACAAUGAAUAAUUUAGCCCCAGAAACCGCGCUGCACUACGAGAUAGUUCGUAAUGCAGCUCUCGCCGAAUUGAAGGAGAACGACUCCACGGCGGCAAAAGCUUUCAAUGAACUAGCGGAAGGGGUCUUCCAAAGAAGCAAGGAACGAGUACUGGAAUUCGGAGAAAGAGUAGAAACUCCAGUCCGACGUUCCUUACUGCAGGAGAAUGAGACACAGACGAAAUUUUUCGACGCCAUUUUGUGCGCCGACUAG